CCCCGCAUCUCCCCUUCUCUCUGAAUUUCUCUGCGUCCCCGUCCAUCUUCAGGUCUCUCCCUCUAGCCCCUCCGCCUCUCUCUGUCUCUGUCCCUCUCUGCCGCCUGCGUCCCCCGCCGGCCCGCGGGGGCGCCCUGCCUUCCCUGGUUCCACUCAUUCAGACGGCUUCGGCGGCGCCGGCGGGGUGGGCGGCUCGGCGGGCCGCGGGCGCCCCCGUGUGGCUGGCACGGGGCGGUCCGGAGAGGCCAGAGAUCGGAGUGGGUGCAGGAGGGACGCUGAGGGUGUCCCGGAGCUGGUGUGUAACCCCAGGGGACUGUGCGAGCGCGUGCUACUGUGGGGUUGUGCGUGAUGCCAGAGGUGGUGUGCCGCUCCGUGAGCUUGUGAGAUUUUGUGUGACAAUCAGAGACUGCGUGUGACUGUGGGAAAUCGUGUUGCGCCUUGAGGAUGUGUGUGUGUGACUGUGUAUGUGAGAUGAGAGAGAUGACGUAGAGGUGACUGUGUGUGACACUGUGACGUCGGGUGUGCCUGGGACACUAUUUAGGAGACAGUUUGUGACAUCCAGAGACAUAGGGGAGAGUGGGAGAUUGUGAGAGCGUGCAACGUGGUGAGGACAUGAGCGCUGUGUGUGUCACGUGAGCAGAUGCUGUAUUAGAGAGAGUAAUUAUGAAUGAAGGUGACACCAAGAGAUGGUGUCAGAAGGCGGUGUGAGAGGCCCCUGGAGGACUGGGUGUGACAGAGAGGCUGUGUGAGUGUGAGACACUAGGUGUCAGCCACACUGAUGAUCUGUGAGGAACCGUGUGUGACUGUGUGUGACACAGAUCGCGUGGGAUGCUGAGACAGUGUUGCGACGGUGAGUGAGAGAGUGUGCAACUGUGCAGGGCACUCAGAGAUGAGAGUGAGAGAGAGAGACCUUGUGUGUGUAAGUGUGCAACACCGGGAGAUUGCUGUGUGUGGGCGAUGGCUGUGUGUGAGACAGACUGAGUGAGGCUGAGCAAGAGAUCCUGUAUGUGACAGUGUGUGGGGGCACACUGUGUGACUCUGUGUGAGGGAAUGUGUGUGACAACGAGAGAUUGUGCAAGAAUGAGUGUGCCUGUUUGUGGGAGUCAGUGGAGAUGUGACUGUGUUACUGUGUCAUACUACCAAAAAUGUGACACUGCUCGACACAGAGGCAGCCCGGGAAAUGACAGGUCCUCGUGUGAGACACUGAGAAAGCGUGUGUGAGGCUGUGAUAGGGUGUGAGACAGAAGGAACUCUCCAUUCAUGGCAACGUGUGUGACAUCUUGAGAGAUCGUGUGUGACACUGCGGAACUGGUUUGCACCCUUGACACUCUGGAUGGCAUAUCUGAUGGUGGUUGUGCGAGAUGUCAUUGGCGAUGAUGUGCCACCCUGUGAGAGGUUGUGAGGGACUGUGGGUGGCAUUUUGAGAGCCCGUGUGACUGUGGCGCUGUGAGAGGUUGUGUGUUGAGCACAGGUUGAUUGUGAGAUUGUGAGACUGGGGGACCCAGCGAGAUAUUGUGCAUCUCCAUGCAAAGGACCACGAGUGUGAGCCUGUGUGCUGAGAGGGGUCGUCUGAGAUGGGGUGACACCGAGGUGAUGGGGGUAACAGGGUGGGAGAGAGCAUGUGUGAUGGAGCAAGAGCCCGUGCGGGACACACAGGAGGGAUUUGUGUGGCUGUGGCAUAAAUGCAGCAGGGCGUGGGGCACACCUCGGGAGGCUGUCUUUUCAUGUGUGUGAGAGAGACAGAGACAGAGAGAGAUGGAGAGGAGACACUGGGAGAGAGAUGGAGAGAGACACAGAGAGCGGAGGAGACAGAGACACAGAAACGGAAAGACAAAGAGUGGGACAGACAGACAUGGACAGAGGACCCAGAGAGACAGACCCAGCGGUAGAGACAGCGGGAGGAGGCGGGUCCUCAGGGGCUGCGCCCCAGGGGAGGGGGCGGGGCGGAGCUGGGGCGGGGGGACCCAAAGGCUGCCUCCCAGCCUCUGCCACCAGCCCGCCAUCCCAGCCCUGAGCAGCAACAGGUAGGAGCUCCGGUCCUGCCCCAACAGCGGGUCCCUCUGCCCCAUCCGGUCACUGGCUGUCUGCCUGGGAAUGAACGAAUGAGUGAGUGAAUGAAUGACUUUACGCUUCUGCGUCUCCGUCAACCUGUUUCUCCCCCAGUCCCUCCAUCUCCCUCUGUCUGUCCCCUGUCCCUUCUCUCCUCUGUCCCUUUACCCCCCAGUGCCUCUCUCUCCCCGUCUAUCACUGUCCCUUUCUCUACCCCUCCAUUUGUCCCUCUCUGUCCUCUCCCACCCCAUCUCUCCAUCUCCCCUGCACCCCUCCAUCUCCCCUUCUCUAUCCCCCCUCUGUCACUUUGUCCCCUUUGUUCCUCUCCCUUGUAUCAUCUGUCCCUUCCUUUGCCUCUCUAUUUGUCCGGCUCUACUCCCUCCAUCGCUUCAUCCCCCAAUCUCUCCAUCUCUCUUUCUACCUCCUCCGACUCUUUCCCUCUAUGCCUCACUCUCUCCCUCUGUCACUUAUGUCCCCCUCUGCCCCUCCAUUUGUCCCUCUCUCCAUCCUCUCUGCCCCUCUCCCAGUCAUGCCUGGGUUGGGCCCUCCUGGAUCCCCCCAGCCCUGUCUCCAGCUGCUAAUGAGCAGAGGAGUCUUUGAGGUGGCCACGGCUGGGGUGGGGGGGCUCCCCGAGGGGGGCGGAGGGGGCAGCUGCUGCCUCGGCCCUAAUGAGGCCCCCUCUGCGCCCCUCCCGCCGUGAUCUUAAUUCCUUGUUCUCCCUGGAGCCUCUGCUAAUUGGCCUGGGGAGGGCCCCCCUCCUGGCUGGUGCCCUGUCACCGGGGGCUGAGGACACCUGGAUCCUGAUCCAGCACCUGUGGCCCUGUCCUUCUGUCGCUCCCUCCACCUGCCUCUCAGCCUCUCAUCUGUGCUUCCCUCCUGCCUCUCUCUGUUCCUCCCUCCUCCACCUGCCUCUGGGUACCCCAUCUGUGCACCCCUCCAUCCCUCCUCUUGCCUCUCUCCUCCCUGUUCAUCUGUGCCUCCUUCGGCCUGCCUCUUGGUCCCUCAUCUGUGCGUCUCUUCGUCUCUCCCCUUUUCCCUCUGUUUUCCUGUCCCUUCCUCCACCCGCCUCUGGGCACCCCAUCCGUGCGCCCUUCCACCCACAUCCCUGUGACUAGGGCCCACCACCACCGCCACCCUUACCUGGGGAUCCAGACUUGCCCACCCCGUGAACCCCUACUCCCGCCCGGCUUUUAACCCCUUCCCCGCCGCAGCCAUGUCCAACAACAUGGCCAAGAUCGCGGAGGCCCGCAAGACGGUGGAACAGCUGAAGCUGGAGGUGAACAUCGACCGCAUGAAGGUGUCGCAGGCGGCGGCCGAGCUCCUAUCGUUCUGCGAGACGCACGCUAAAGACGACCCGCUGGUGACGCCGGUGCCGGCCGCAGAGAACCCCUUCCGCGACAAGCGCCUCUUCUGCGUCCUGCUCUGAGCCUUCCCGACAGCCUACCCUCCCCUGCCAAAGUAUGAAUCCAAUAAACGUGGUGACUGUGUUGGUUCCUGUGCUGUCGGGGAAACUGAGGCACGCGCAGAGCCUGGGGCCACCGUGGGGGAACCUGUGUUCCUUCUCAUCUUUUCUGAGUGCGUGUGGAGUGUGGAGGAGUGGGGGUGAGGAUGUCCUGGGUGUCUCAGCACCCAGGAG